AUGGCAUCGCGACCACCCGCUACGAGUGGCAGCAGCGCCAAUGCCAACGCCGCUUCUUCCAGCACCGCCAAUGCCAACCCAUCCUCCUCCAAAACCUCCACCGCAUCCUCCCAGCAACCGCAGAUCUCGCUCCUCGGCACCUUACCCAUCCACCUCCUCCCCUCGCUCCUCCGUCGCAUCGAGUCGGCACUCCUCACUCUCCCGCCGACCUUGCUAUGCGAGCGAGAGACUGUGCUUUCACGGCACGACGACGAAACAUCUGCCGUUCGCGAGACCGGGGACAAUGCGUGGGCAAGCGUAGUCAAGGCGCGUCGUGGCGUGAAACUGCGAGUUCGCGAAACGGCCAUUCCCUCUCGCUCCUCUAUAGAGUGCACUUUGCAUUUGCCAUUACCGAGUCUACCGGAGCGACAGUAUCCGAGAGCGUCGGUGCGGCCGAGCUACACCGUACAAGUGCUCUCCGAUAGCCCCCUUGCACAGGAGCUUCCUUCCGACCCCUUUGCGACGAGCGAUGGAGGGGGCGUGGAUCCGACAGCGCUGGAUACCGAUCCAGUGAAUGGGUGGAAGAGCUUCGUCUCAUCCAUCGGCUGGCGUCCCCACUUUUCGUUCUUGCGCCACGGACUAACGUACGCACUCAACGAAAAUCUCACUCGGGUCUCCAGCACAGCAACGACCAACCCGUUCAACCCCGCACAGGGGACCAAACAUAGCUUGAACGUGUAUCGCAUAUUUACGCCCGAUCCAACGGGGUAUACGGACGACUGGGUGCCGUUGGAUCCCGAAGGGGCGACCGUGGUGGUUGAGCUGGUGGCGACGGUGGGGGCCCAGUUGGAUCAGAGCCAUUUUAAUCCCUACUGCGCGCCCGCCGAGCUGCCCGGUCAGUCCGGGGGCUUGGAUGCCAACUCGACCAUUGAGAGCGCGAUCGAGUUUGCGGAUGGCGUGGCUAGGGCGCUGCGCGGCUUGGUAGAUCUCAGAAGGGAGGCGUACGAUUGA